AUGGGUAUUCUACUGAAGUCAAUAAAUAGGUUGGUGAUCUUACCAACAGCAGGAUUUUCCUUAGGCGUCCUUACGUUCAUGAAAGCAUGGCCGGAGCUUAAUACAGAUGCUAAUGAAGCCGGGAGGUUGUCGUUGAAGGAUCCUGGAAUAAAUGAUAAUGCUAUAAUGCUUCCAGAUUCUUUAAGGAUAGAGAAUGAAAAAAUCUUGAAUGCUAUGAGGGAAUUACCACUAUAUAAAAGAUUAGUUAAUGAUCCGAUGAUUAAGCAUACUAGACAAAGUGAGGGAAUUCCCGAAGGUCAUAAACCUAACCAUGUGGGUCAAGGAAUCUUGUUUGGUUCAGGGAAGUUAGAGAUUGAUCCUAUUAUAUUCCAUGAUGAAAAAAAUGGUGAGAUAGUUAUCUUUUAUCAUUUUGGUAAAGGAUUAAGUAAUGAACAUGGUGCCGUUCAUAAGGGAAUAUUGGCGUUGAUAUUAGAUGAAGGGUUAUGCCUUUGUGGAUUCCCAUUGUUACCUAGUCAAAGAGGUGUUACUGCCAAAUUGAAUUUAAAAUUCCAUGCUGAUAUUCCCGUGGACUCUUCAGCCAUUUUAAGGGCAAAAGUCACGGAAAUAAAGGGAAGGAAAUGUGUCAUUGAUGGUACUCUAGAAUCUGUUCCUCAAUCAUACGAGAAUCCAUUAUGGAAGUUGUUAAAUAAAGUGAAUGAGAGGAAGCCAACGACGUAUGUAUCUGCCAAUUGUAUUCUCGUUGAGCCCAAAUGGUUUAAAUACAUAAAGAAUUUAAACAUUAUGUAA